AAAUUUUAUUUAUUAUUUUGAUAAUGUCUUUUAAACAAAAUGAACCGCAACAACAACAACAACAACAACAACAAUUGACUAAUACAAUUACUGGUAACACAAAUGAGACACAAGAAACAGAUCACGAGAUCAAAGGCCGGGGAAAGUGGGCGAAGGGAUUGGAGUUUCUUCUCUCCUGUAUAUCUCUAUCGGUUGGAUUAGGAAAUGUCUGGCGGUUCCCUCACGCAGCAUAUACUAAUGGAGGAGGUGCUUUUUUAAUCCCAUAUUURAUAAUUUUGUUUAUAAUUGGUCGUCCAUUGUAUUACAUGGAGCUCGUAUUGGGUCAGUUUAGUGGUCGCGGACCCAUCAGAGUUUGGAAAUGUGUGCCCGCUUUCAAAGGUAUAGGUGUGGCACAAAUUGUAACGACAAUAUACAUAACAAUAUUUUACAACUAUUUAAUGGCAAUAACACUUUACUAUUUAUUUUCAUCGUUUCAAAAUCCAUUGCCUUGGAGUGUAUGCGAUGAACAAUGGAUACCUGGAGGUCAUUGUCCUAAAGAUAAUCAGACAAAUCCUUUCAAUAGGACGUGGGCUGAUCUAUACUAUGAACAUAAUGUAUUACAUAAAUCCAGUGGUUUGGAUGAUAUCAAUUGGAUCAGUUGGCGAAUUGUUCUGUGCCUUAUGGGCUCAUGGAUUCUCGUAUGGUUAAGCAUUGUUAAAGGUGUUAGCUCUUUAGGAAAGGUCUCAUAUUUUACGGCCAUAUUUCCAUAUACCGUAUUAAUUGCAUUAUUAGGCGUUGCUCUUAGUAUGGAUGGUGCCUGGGAUGGCAUCAAAUGGUUUUUUACACCUGAAUGGUCUAAAUUACUUGAGCCCAUAGUAUGGUAUCGGGCAGUGGAGCAGUCAUUUUUCUCAUUGGCCGUAUGUUUCGGCUCACUUAUUAUGUACUCUAGUUAUAAUGAAUUUAAUAACAAUGUUUAUCGCGAUGCCAUUAUAAUAGCCGUUUUGGACACCUGUACCAGUUUGUUGGCCGGUUGUGUAAUAUUUUCUAAUUUGGGACAUUUGGCUAAAGUAAUGGACAAAGAUAUCAAAGAUGUUGUAGAGGGCGGUCCGGGACUGACAUUUGUUGUAUAUCCACACGCUUUGAGUACAAUUAAAUGGGUGCCACAACUUUGGUCGGUACUAUUUUUCUUAAUGUUCUUUACACUGGGCAUUGGCAGCUCAGUAGCACAGGUGGAGACUAUACUAACCGCCAUAAAGGAUGAGUUYACGUCAUUACAYCAAAAGAAAGGACUGUUGGCUGCCAUUGCCUGCUCUCUCUUCUUCCUGUGUGGUCUACCGCUGGCCACUGAUGCCGGCACUUAUGUAAUGCAAUUGUUGGACAACUAUGGCGUGGGAACCGCUGUCUUCUUUUAUGGCAUUUGCCAGUCUGUUGGCAUCUUCUGGAUCUAUGGUUUACGAAGAUUUUGUUCAGACAUUAAAUUCAUGUUAAGUCAGAGAGUCAGUAUGUUUUGGAAAGUGACCUGGGGGUUUGCCACACCUGUUGCACUCAUUGUUAUAUUUAUAUACGGAAAUGUCGAAAUUGCAAACAGUUCACAAAAUACAGUAGGAAUGCCUGCCUGGGGUACUGGUAUUGGAUGGGCUCUGGCUAUGGUUGCUAUGAUCCAGGUGCCGCUAUGGAUUAUAGUAACCAUAAUUAUGCAAAAGGGAGACAUUGUACAGAAAAUCAUUGGUGCUUUCAAAGCGAGUCCAGACUGGGGACCAAUCAGUCCAAAAAUAUUUCAAAAAUGGGUUGAAUAUAAUAAUGAAAAAAAGAGACAUUCAAUGGGAUAUAUUAAUAGUGCCUUUACAUCGGAUAAUGUUAUCAAUAGUAAGUCAUCAUCCGUUCAAAUCAUUAAAGUUGUAAGAAAUACCAAUAAUUCUGUGUAA